ACUGCUUAUGUUAUCUAAAACAAAAAUUGUGAUUUGUGACAGCUCUGGCACACCCUAUACAAUCAAAACCAGCAGAGGAUUUGAAUAAUAAGGCCCGGCUUUAUCGUUGCCCUGGUUUCUUAGAAUUUUUAACAAUUUCAGACUACAAAAAUGUCUGCAACUUUGAGGCCUUAUUUGUCAGCUGUUCGGAGCACUCUGGAAGCUGCCAUGUGUCUCGAAAACUUCUCAUCUCAAGUAGUUGAAAGACACAACAAACCAGAAGUGGAAGUUCGCACAAGCAAGGAACUGUUACUUAACCCAGUAGUCAUAUCACGAAACGAGAAGGAAAAAGUCUUGAUUGAAGCCUCCAUCAAUUCAGUUCGAAUCAGUAUUUCCAUCAAACAAGCUGAUGAAAUUGAAAAAAUUCUCUGCCACAAAUUUAUGAGGUUCAUGAUGAUGAGAGCAGAAAAUUUUAUUGUUUUAAGGCGGAAGCCUGUGGAGGGGUAUGACAUUAGUUUUCUGAUAACAAAUUUCCACACUGAAGCUAUGUACAAGCAUAAAUUAGUUGACUUUGUCAUUCACUUUAUGGAAGAGAUAGACAAAGAAAUCAGUGAAAUGAAAUUGGCCGUAAACGCACGGGCCCGUGUAUGUGCUGAAGAAUUUUUGAAGCGGUUUUAAAUCCAUGAGCUUUUUUUGGAGGAGGAACAAAAGAAUUCAAUAAGAGAAUUCCCAACUUUAUUUGCAUAAACCUAUUUGCAAGCAAGCUUAUUCAAAAUUCUUAACUUGUGUACAAUCAAGUAACUCUUUGCGUGAGUUCAUGCACAAGACCAAAGAAUAAACCAGAACAUUACCAAAAACUA